CCAGCCGCAGCCGCUAUGGUGUUCUUCUUCCUCGUCCUCCCAUCGACUGUGCUUGCGGAUGAUCCCCAAAUCCCUGACGAUGCAAUUCAACUAGCUUCAUGGUUCAACGAUGCCAUCCAGAGCCAUAACCUCCGGCGGACGACUCUUGAUCCGGUCCUAGUGAAGGCGGAGGAGAGGGUAAAAAUCAUCAAGGUAAGUAAAGGUGGUGGAGGAAACUUCAAUAAGGUGAUGGCGGCGGUCGAUAGUGUUCCAGCUGGUAACACUCAACGCGUAAUUAUAUGGAUUGGAGGCGGAGUAUAUGAAGAGAAAAUCAAGAUUGAUAAGAGUAAGCCAUUUAUAACAUUCUAUGGAUCGCCGGACGACAUGCCGAUGCUGUCAUUUGAUGGGACGGCCGCCAAGUUCGGGACAGUGGACAGUGCCACGCUAAUAAUGGAAUCAGAUUACUUCAUGGCGGUUAACAUAAUAGUCAUUAACUCGUCCCCGAGGCCGGAAGGGAGAAGGAACGGAGGGCAGGCGGUGGCGGUGAGGGUGUCGGGUGAUAAGGCCGCGUUUUAUAACUGCAAGCUGGUCGGUUUUCAGGACACCCUAUGUGAUGAUAGAGGCAGGCAUUUUUUCCAUGGAUGCUACAUUGAAGGCACUGUGGACUUCAUAUUUGGAAGUGGCAAGUCUCUCUAUUUGAGCACUGAGCUACAUGCCAAGGGAGCUAGUGGCGAAUUUUCAGUGAUCACAGCGCAGGCGAGGAAACUUGAAUCAGAGGACAAUGGAUACUCUUUCGUCCACUGCAGGGUGUCGGGUAGUGGCAGCAACACUUACUUAGGGCGGGCAUGGAUGAGUAGACCGAGGGUGGUGUUUUCAUACACCAACAUGAGCUCUGUUGUCCACCCUUUAGGCUGGUCCGAUAACUUCCACCCUGAACGCGACACAUUGGUUUUCUAUGGAGAAUACAAGUGUAUGGGGCCAGGAGCAAACACAUCCAAACGAGCAAAAUUCGCGAAGAUGCUAGACGAUGAUGGGGUGAGACCUUUCGUCACCCUCAACUACAUUGAAGCUUCAAAAUGGUUGCUUCCUCCGCCACGCCUUGUACCCCGCGGAAGAUGAUACGAAUUGGUAUAUAGCAAGUGGAUGAUGACGAGGUACUACGUGCAGAACAAUAUUCUUGUUUAAUUCCCUUUCCUUUAAAGGGUUACUAGCCUCGUCUACAAAAGCUGCAAAUCCAUUGUGUUCAUUCUGCAUGCUUUGCCCUUUGGUUGGGCUCAUGUGGGCAUAUGUCACUUUGGGGCCUUUUGAUUGGGCAUAUGUGGGCAUCUGCACUUUAUACAUACAUGGACACACGCAUCUACACAUGAGUUGCUCCUUAUGGGUAGAAACUUAUUCUCUUUGUGGAUUUGGGAAUAUAUGUAUGCUCGUAUAAAGACCAUCCCUUGUGGCU